AUGAAAGUAGCAGUAUUCGUGGUUAUUUUAGGGUCUCUGUUGGUGCUGGUGAAGGCAACACCUACGAAAUGCGGCAAGCAUCCUGUGAGCAAACCAGAUGAAGAUGACCCUGAUGAUGAGCCACAUACACAUAAGAAGCAUAAACAUCAUAAAAGGAAACCAAAAGAUGAUGAUGAUGAUGAUAAUGAUGAUAAUGAUGAUGAUGAUGAUGAUGAUGAUGAGAAACCUAAACAUAAACGUCACUUCACGGAUUGUAUAAAACCACCUGAAAAGGAUAAACCGGACAAAGACAAACCAGACAAUGAUAAACCAGACAAAGACAAACCCGAUGAAGAUAAACCCGAUAAAGAUAAACCAGAUAAAGAUAAACCAGAUAAAGAUAAACCGGACAAAGAUAAACCGGACAAGGAUAAACCAGACAAGGAUAAACCAGACAUAGAUAAACCCGAUAAAGAUAAACCAGAUAAAGACAAACCCGAUGAAGAUAAACCAGAUAAAGAUAAACCAGAUAAGGAUAAACCGGACAAGGAUAAACCAGACAAAGACAAACCUGAUGAAGAUAAACCCGAUAAAGAUAAACCAGAUAAAGAUAAACCGGACAAAGACAAACCGGACAAAGAUAAACCGGACAAAGAUAAACCGGAGAAGGAUAAACCAGACAAAGAUAAACCCGAUGAAGAUAAACCAGACAAAGAUAAACCCGAUGAAGAUAAACCAGAUAAAGAUAAACCAGAUAAGGAUAAACCGGACAAGGAUAAACCAGACAAAGACAAACCUGAUGAAGAUAAACCCGAUAAAGAUAAACCAGAUAAAGAUAAACCGGACAAAGACAAACCGGACAAAGAUAAACCGGACAAAGAUAAACCGGAGAAGGAUAAACCAGACAAAGAUAAACCCGAUGAAGAUAAACCAGACAAAGAUAAACCCGAUGAAGAUAAACCAGAUAAAGAUAAACCAGAUAAAGAUAAACCGGACAAGGAUAAACCAGAAAAAGACAAACCUGAUGAAGAUAAACCAGACAAGGCUAAACCAGACAAAGACAAACCUGAUGAAGAUAAACCAGACAAGGCUAAACCAGACAAAGAUAAACCAGAUAAGGAUAAACCAGACAAAGAUAAACCCGAUGAAGAUAAACCCGAUAAAGAUAAACCAGAUAAGGGUAAACCGGACAAGGAUAAACCAGACAAAGAUAAACCGGACAAAGACAAACCGGACAAAGAUAAACCGGACAAGGAUAAACCAGACAAAGAUAAACCAGAUAAGGAUAAACCAGACAAAGAUAAACCCGAUGAAGAUAAACCCGAUAAGGAUAAACCAGACACAGAUAAACCCGAUAAAGAUAAACCGGACAAAGAUAAACCAGACAAGGAUAAACCAGAUACAGAUAAACCCGAUAAAGAUAAACCAGAUAAGGAUAAACCAGACAAAGAUAAACCCGAUGAAGAUAAACCCGAUAAAGAUAAACCAGAUAAGGAUAAACCGGACAAGGAUAAACCAGACAAAGACAAACCUGAUGAAGAUAAACCCGAUGAAGAUAAACCGGAGAAGGAUAAACCAGACAAAGAUAAACCAGACAAAGACAAACCCGAUGAAGAUAAACCCGAUAAAGAUAAACCAGAUAAGGAUAAACCGGACAAGGAUAAACCAGACAAAGACAAACCUGAUGAAGAUAAACCCGAUGAAGAUAAACCGGAGAAGGAUAAACCAGACAAAGAUAAACCAGACAAAGACAAACCCGAUGAAGAUAAACCCGAUAAAGAUAAACCAGAUAAGGAUAAACCGGACAAGGAUAAACCAGACAAAGACAAACCUGAUGAAGAUAAACCCGAUGAAGAUAAACCGGAGAAGGAUAAACCAGACAAAGAUAAACCAGACAAAGAUAAACCCGAUGAAGAUAAACCAGAUAAAGAUAAACCAGAUAAGGAUAAACCAGACAAAGACAAACCUGAUGAAGAUAAACCCGAUAAAGAUAAACCAGAUAAGGAUAAACCGGACAAGGAUAACCCAGAUAAGGAUAAACCGGACAAAGAUAAACCAGAUAAGGAUAAACCGGACAAGGAUAAACCAGACAAGGAUAAACGUAAUGACUAUGAUGAUGAUGAUGAUGAAGAUGAAGAUGACGAUGAAGAUGACGAUGAUGACGACGAUGAAGAUGAUGAUGAUUGGCCCAAUGAUGGUGAACGAAGACACAGAUAUAGACCGUACCCUCCUGAUAAUGGAUAUGGUGAUAUCAUAGCGGGGGUUGGUUUCGGAGUAGGAGUGGUCCACUAG